UUGAACAACAAUCCUUAUUCUCUCUUUAUAUAUAUAUAUCAAUUGAUCAGUCAAUCAAUUAACGUUCCGAUGGCGAGUAAUGAAGGCGAAGAUGCGGUACGCCGCCGUACCGCCGCCACUGAGUAUCGGAAAAAGAUGCUUCAACAUAAAGAACUCGAAUCACGUGUUCGCGCAGUGCGAGAGGCUUUGAGAAGUACAAAGAAAGAGUAUGCCAAAACAGAAGAAGAUUUGAAGUCUCUUCAAAGUGUUGGACAGAUCAUAGGCGAAGUUCUGAGGCCUCUGGAUAGUGAACGAUUGAUAGUCAAAGCCAGUAGCGGUCCAAGGUAUGUAGUUGGAUGUCGCAGUAAAGUUGACAAGGAAAAACUAACAGCUGGGACUAGAGUGGUUCUUGAUAUGACAACUCUAACCAUUAUGCGUGCACUCCCCCGUGAAGUUGAUCCAGUUGUUUAUAACAUGCUUCACGAAGAUCCUGGAAAUGUUAGCUAUUCUGCAGUUGGAGGGCUAUCAGAUCAGAUUCGGGAACUAAGGGAAUCUAUAGAAUUGCCUCUGAUGAAUCCUGAGCUUUUCCUAAGGGUUGGCAUCAAACCCCCCAAGGGGGUUCUUCUCUAUGGACCUCCUGGUACUGGGAAGACGUUACUAGCUAGAGCAAUUGCUAGCAACAUUGAUGCUAAUUUCUUGAAGGUCGUAUCAAGUGCCAUUAUUGAUAAGUACAUAGGGGAGAGUGCAAGAUUGAUCAGGGAAAUGUUUAAUUAUGCACGUGAGCACCAACCCUGCAUCAUAUUUAUGGAUGAAAUUGAUGCCAUUGGAGGACGUCGUUUUAGUGAGGGAACUAGUGCUGACCGUGAAAUUCAAAGAACACUCAUGGAGUUGCUUAAUCAGCUAGAUGGGUUUGAUCAGCUUGGCAAGGUAAAAAUGAUUAUGGCAACAAACAGACCUGAUGUUCUGGAUCCUGCUCUUCUUCGUCCUGGUCGUUUAGACAGGAAAAUAGAGAUCCCACUUCCAAAUGAGCAAUCAAGAAUGGAAAUUCUUAAAAUUCAUGCUGCUGGGAUUGCUAAACAUGGUGAAAUUGAUUACGAGGCUGUUGUCAAACUUGCCGAGGGGUUUAAUGGAGCCGAUCUUCGGAAUGUGUGCACUGAAGCUGGUAUGUCUGCAAUCCGUGCAGAACGUGAUUAUGUUAUCCAUGAAGAUUUUAUGAAGGCUGUCCGUAAACUGAAUGAGGCCAAGAAGCUUGAAUCCAGUGCUCAUUACAGUGCCGAUUUUGGUAAAGAGUAAACAAGGGGUUGGGUUUAGUUAGCUUAUCAAAUGGGCAGUUGUAAUGUACACUAUAAAAAGAUUAUUUUUUGCUUGUUCUGUAAAAGAUAUAAUUGUUCUCUUUCAUUUAUUUUUCAGUUUAGUCAUGCGUUUACCUUA